UUAGAUCCCAUAUACCAUUUGAUUUCCAUACUCUUCCUGUAGAAAGCUUAAAAAUUUGUUCUGUGAAACUUUUCGGUUAAAAUUUAAAAAUUUAAAAAAAAAAAGGAAAAAAAUCAAAUCUUUAAGAUAUCUAUAUAUAUAUAUAUAUAUAUUACCUGUUCCAGGAUGAGCUAUACCCAUCUUUUGCGGCACCAGAACGCGGUCGACGAAUGCCAGCGGGUGAGUUGCAAUCGUGGUCCUGGCAUCACCAUGACCGGACGGUGUGUGAUCUCCCGGGACAUCGUGCUCGGCUGUGAAAUGGAGGGCUCCGAUCCGGAUCUGCCCUAUAUGCUGGAGCCCACCUGGAGCGUCUACCUGCGCUCCGGGCCGGGCGGCGGCGACCUGUCCAAGUUCGUGCAACGGGUCUCGUUCCGGAUGUCGCCGAAGCUCCCGCUGCGACUGCAUGUGGCCGAUACGGCGCCGUUCGAGAUUAGCGAGGUCCUCGGCAGCGAUUUCCCGGUGGAGGUGCAGGUCCAGUACAUCGACGCCCGGAUGACGCCCACCACCUACACCUUCCGGCCGCGUGCCGUCCGCGAAGGCCAUUGCGGCCAGCGCGAGGAGAUGCACGACAAGAUGAUCUUCGUGAAUCCCUCGCCGGCGAUGCGAGUCAACCUGCAAUCUGGUGAUGGCGGUGCAUCCAAGAUCCUGACCCGGGACGAAGACUUUGGUGGCGGGGAGGAGGAACGCGAGGAGGUGGGCGAUUCCCCCCGUCGCUCCGGGCUGCCGCUAACCAGUGACUAUCUUCUGAUGAAACGUUUCGGAGGAAUCUAAUGGAGUUCUGCAACUAAUCGCCCUUUUAUUGGUCUAUGUGGGAGCCGCGAGUCACUGUUAAAUUCAGAGAUCAUACAAAGUCCUUUUUAAUGUCCUUAAAGCAGGAAGCUGGAGAGAUCUUUAACAAUUUCAAAUAAAUUUUAAA